UCCACAUAAAUGCUGGCACGUUUGUUCAAGUAAAAAGCCUCUUUCAAGUCAGAGUAACGCAGGCUUUCAAGUGCCAGGCAAAUGCUUUAGUCAUGAAGUCCAUAAUCUCUGAUCUGCACUUGAAAUUUGCAGAAAAGACAUGGAAAGAAACCUUUCAGCUUGUCCGAAGAUGCAUGGACAAACCAAAAGAUUCCUCCCGACCAUGUGUGCCGCUGCUUAGAUCCUUGGAACGGCUCCAGGAAGUCGUAAAUGUGUCCUCUUUGAAUACCAUGAGGUCUCGUCUGGAAAUGAUUGCUAAGCAACAAGGAAUGGGCUUUCACAUCACUGAGGCCACAUGCUACCUGACAGCCGAUAUGUUUUACCUGGAGGUGGUGUUGCUGCUGUGUGGCGGGGUGGAGGAGGUCAAAGUGGCCCCACAUGGAGGAUCCCCUGUUCCCAGUGAGUCCUUUUUUCAGCUGCUGAGGUUAAAACAAUUCACUGAGUUCGCCUUGAAGUUGGCAGACCUCUUCACCCAGUACAACAUCCCUGGAGACAAUGACCAGAAAUUAAAAUUGUUUGCAUCUUUGCAAUUCCUUGGAAAAGACUUGGAGCAGAUAUCACUUUUACCAUGUGUGCCAAUUGACUCUGCCCAAGGUGACAUGAUUAACAAUGGCAGAGUUGGGUGUCUAAUUGCUGGAAAAGCAGAUUGCCCUCUGUCUAUCCAGUUCUAUUCCACCCCAACUGAUGGAAUGAAGACCUCUGAUUUACCAGAAGAAGAAAUGACUGAUAGAGAGAUGGUGGUGCAGGCUGCAAUGGUGACAGUUGAUGUCAGUGAUGUGCCUCACAAGCUUCAGACAGCCUCUGUGAUCCAACAGCCUCCACAGCUGGAUCCCCAGGGUUAUCCUGUGUUACUGCCAUUAAGUGAGAUGCCUAGUGAGAUGUUGCCUGCCUGCUUUCACCUCAAACUGCAGCCAGCAAUACCAAUGAUGUGUUCUUUUGUCGACAAGCUCAGACAAAUAACAGGUGUGGUCAUGCCAGAUGUUGACCUGCAGUGGGCAGCCUUACCCAAGCUUCUUAUGAGUAGUUCACCAAGUGCUAAAAUCCACAUGGAGACAUUCGAUGGGCAGGAUGCUAUUUUUACGACGCCUCUUCCUGGUAGUGUGAUGCACAGUUAUAUCCUCCCUGGAGCAGCAUGGGAGGUGCCCGCCCAAAGAGGGACUGUGGUGGACAGUAUCCCCUUCACCCACCCUGCCCAUGUACCAGCCCUACUGGAGCUGCUUCGACAUCAGUGUGUCGUCAACACCCUGCUGAGGAGCUGUAUGACUUCUCAGUGUACCGGAACAGGUUCGGUGUGUGACCAACACUUUGAAGUGCGUCCUGAGUCUGACAUCAGCUGUUCUGUGACCUUCCAGGGACCUCACACUGACUCCCUCGUUGUUUUGCUGGUGAAUGUAUCCGAUUCUCAUCAGAUUACCUGCACUUUGUUUGGGGCAGAAAUAGGGGACCCGUCUAUGGAUGAAAACCUCUCAACUAUUAUGAAGAAGUCCAUGUCCAUCCCUCUGGCCUUGAGGACAUUAUACCUCAAACUGGAGGAGAUCACCCCUGCCCCACUUUCUGCCAGCCCUGAGGCCACCACAGAGGCUGAAAAUGACCAAUCAGCUUCCACAACUACCGCUGCGUCCGACACCAAUGGUGCGUUUACCACGUUCUCCCAGAAUGCAGCUCUGCCAGAAGACGACCUCAGCCUUUCUGGUUCGGCGUGCUAUGCCAACUCUGACAAAUCUGAGCUCCUUCCUGAAAUAAACACCAGUCCUGCUGUCAGCCCUUACCCUUUCGCUCCUGGGGGGGUGUUUUCACACUGGAUGACCAAUAAUGGCCACCUGUCAGAGCUGAUCUGAAACUAUGUUUACAAGUGGUGACAUUACGUUUUUUUUAAUUUGUUGUUUCAAGACUUGAAUAAAUACAUUGGUUAAGCAAA